UUCGAACUUCAUCACUUCGCAGAUGCCAGUGUCAAUGGAUAUGGUGCAUGUACUUACCUGCGAAUCAUUAACAAAUCAGAUGAAGUCCAUUGUUGCUUAGUGAUGGCAAAAUCAAGAGUCACACCCACUGCUGUCAUGACCAUCCCUCGACUCGAACUCUCAGCUGCAGUUGUUGCAGUUAGAGUCAGUGAUCUACUCGGGGCAGAGCUUGAAAUCCCAGACAUUACAGAGUUUUUCUGGACAGAUUCCACUGUUGUUCUCGGAUACAUAAAUAAUGAUGCCAAAAGGUUUCAAGUGUUCGUAGCUAAUCGCAUUCAAAGGAUCAAGUCAAGCACAAGGCCAGAACAAUGGUCGUACAUCCCAUCAGAGCAAAACCCUGCAGACUACGCUUCUCGAGGCUUAACUGCAGAACAAUUGAAGUACUCCAAUUGGUUUAAGGGACCAGCAUUUCUCUGGGAGAGGAACAUUCCUGCUAGAGAUAUGAAGGUGGGAGAGGUCAAGGAAAAUGACCCAGAACUUCGCAAAGCUUUUGUGUGUACCACCAAUGCAAAAGAAGAGCAGACUAUUCUCAACAAAUUUGAAAAGUUCUCAGAAUGGUCCCGAUUGAUAAGAGCACUUGCAACCCUGAGAAGAAAGGUUAAGGAAUGCAAGGGAGACAAACAAAGGACAAAAGAAAGUACAAGUUUGGAAGAGAGAAAAGAAACAGAACUGUUUGUCAUCAAACUUGUUCAAGAGAAAGCUUUUGCAGAAGAGAUAAAGAGUCUAAAAUCAAAUAAACCAGUUUCCAAGACCAAAAACCAUCAUCUUUACAAACUAAGUCCAUUUCUGGACGAAGACGGAGUCCUUAGAGUUGGUGGACGUUUGAGUCAAGCUGUGCUGCACUCACAUGUAAAGCAUCCAGCCAUACUUCCCAAGGACAGUCAUGUUUCAACUUUGCUCAUCAGACAUUUCCACUUGAAGGUUCAGCAUCAAGGUCGUGGAAUGACUCUGAAUGAGCUGCGUGCCAACGGUUGGUGGAUUCUAGGAAAUAGCCGUGCAGUCUCAUCAUACAUCUUCAACUGUGUCAAAUGUCGCAAAUACAGAAGGAGGACAGAGACUCAAAGUAUGGGAGAUUUGCCAGCUGAUCGAACUGAGCCUACACCACCUUUCACUUAUGUCAGAAUGGAUUGUUUUGGACUGAUAUAUUUCAAGGACGGCCGUAAGGAGCUCAAAAGAUAUGGACUGAUACUAACUUGCUUAUGUUCACGAGCCAUUCAUAUUGAAGUUGUAGAUGACCUGAGUACAGACGCAUUCCUGAAUGCAAUACGUGCGUUUAUCACAAUAAGAGGGAAUGUGCGCCAGCUAAGAUGUGGCAGAGGCACCAAUUUCGUUGGUGCUCAGAGAGAGCUUGCUGAUCUCAUGAAAGACAUGAAUCAGGAGAAAGUGAAGGCACUUGUAUGUGAGUUUCUUAUGAAUCCCCCUUCAGCAAGCCAUAUGGGUGGAGUAUGGGAGAGACAGAUAAGAACCAUCCGUAGUGUUCUUUCAGCCAUCCUUGACCAGUCAGCCAAGAGACUUGACAGUACAUCUUUGAGAACCUUUUUGUAUGAGGUUAUGGCGAUUAUCAACAGUAGGCCACUCACCAUCGAGCAUUUGAGUGAUCCAACAGGCCCUGAACCAUUAACACCUAACCAUAUUCUCACGAUGAAGUCGACCAUUAUCCAACCUCCACCAGGAGAUUUCAUGAAAGAAGAUUUGUAUCUUCAAAAAAGAUGGAGAAGAGUGCAAUAUUUGGCCAACGAGUUUUGGAUCCGUUGGAGGAAAGAAUAUUUGCUCAACUUGCAACCAAGACAAAAGUGGAAUGCACACAGAAGGGAUCUUAAGAUUAAUGAUAUAGUGCUUCUGCAAGAAGACGCGGCACCACGCAAUGAAUGGAAGCUGGCCAAAGUCACAGAUGUCUAUCCUGGAACCGAUGACAAAGUGAGAAAGGUUAGACUUUUGGUUAGUGAAAAGACUUAUGACAAACACGGUAAACAUGUGACUAAAACACUUUCAUUAGAACGCCCUAUACAUAAGGUUAUUGUUUUGCUAGAAGCAGACUAAAGAUUUUGUUUUUGUUCAUGCUGAGUAUUCUGAAUGUAAGAAAUCCCACCUGAGGAAUUGUUAGAUUCGUGGGAGUGUUGCUGCCACUUUUUCAUUUAUGCCUGUUUUGUGUGUAUUUCAUUGCUGUUGUGGAUAUGCGCCACCAGGGGGCGCAUGGAGGGGCUUUGUAUGCAGAUUAGAGAUUAGUUUUCUAAGAAGAAGCGAUUUCCAGAGAGAGCUGAUGCAUGUGUCGGUCACAGGGUCGGUCACAAAGUUUAAGUAAAGCAAGAAAGAAGAAACCCAAGAAUAAUUCCACUCUAUUCUGGUACUCAGCCAACGAGUUUUCACGGUGUGGUUUAUGAGUCUGAACAAGCAAGAUUCAAUAAAUCCAUCGGUAGAGAAAGCCACUUGUGCCUGUCGUACCUGGGAGAAUUACAG